AUGUCGCAAUCUCGACUGAGUCGUCUCCCUAAGGGAAUCUCUUACUGGCUCGGCUACCGAUCUGAACCUCCAAAGCCGCUAAAUAAAUAUCAUGUCGCCGCAUGGUCCUUUAUAGCCGCGUUCGGCGGCCUUUGUGUGCUCCAAUCCAUAUUCAACUAUUCUCACUAUUUCAAAGCACGCCAUGUGCCCGGUAUAAUUGCUUCUUAUGGAGCAUCUGCCGUCCUUUGUUUCGGCGCUAUUGAAAGCCCUCUCGCUCAGCCGCGGGCCCUUAUAUUCGGGCAUUUCUUUAGCGCAUUGACGGGACUCUGUAUCACCAAACUAUUCAGUCUGAUCCAUGAUCAGGCCCAAUUUGAGUCUGUGCGCUGGGUCGCCGCCUCACUGUCUACCGCAAUUGCCAUUGUGGUGAUGCAACUCACUGGCACGGUGCACCCUCCGGCUGGUGCGACGGCCUUGCUUCCGGCAACGAACGAGGAAAUUUGGGAAUUAUCGUGGUACUAUUUACCAAUCGUGUUGCUUUCCUCGUCCAUACUCGUUGCCUGCGCUACCUUAUUCAAUAAUAUUCAGCGUCGGUACCCUGUUUUCUGGAUUUCGCCUCCCUCACCACCGAAGCCGGCGCCGCCAAAGCCCGAGGCACCUCCCGAGGAAGAAAACACUGCAGAGCCCUGA